UUGCUGUCAGCAUCUACCAUACCACUCAACAAGAUAGAAGAUUUUGGUGUUCACUGCAAACAGUACUAUUCUUUGGAUAUAACCUAUUUCAAGUCAUCCCUGGACUCUCACCUCCUUGAUCUACUCUGGAACAAGUACUGGGUCAACACAUUGUCUUCGUCACCACUUCUGGGUAACACGGAUUAUGUUGCUGGACAAAUCUUUGAUUUAGCUGAUAAACUAGAGCAAGCUGAAGGGCAACUGGCACACAGUCGAUUUGGCAUACUUAUGCCAUCACAGCGAAAGAAAGAGUUCAGUUUCUGUGUUCAUGCCCUUUAA